AUGUGUCAACAGUGGGCUGUAGUUCUUAGGACUAGUCAGAGUCGCUCUGUGGCGGUCCUGUCGGUCACCUUGAUGCUUGUAUUCUCUCUGUCGCAGAACAAUGAGGCAGCUGCCUUGACGACUCUUGGCCCCACGAUACCUCCGUGCCCUCUCGUUAUUGCUUGGCUCGACGUAGGGUUAGCUCCUUUCUCUGCCUACUUUGCCCUUUGCCUUAGACUUCGUGCGGACCGCGCUGCAAGAGCUGGAAUCUUCCUGUUCUUGGACUACAAGUGGCCAUACAAACCUGGUGGAGGACCUAAAAGGGAGAUUCUAGUUGUGGACUACAAGGUUGGGUUGAUUUCGGGCAAUAAAGCUUCUCAAUCAUUCUGA